UCGACGCGGUUUCGGUCCCAACGCACCUAGUCCCUGGCCAUGGACUCCCAGAAAGAAGCUCUACAGAGGAUCAUUUCAACCCUGGCAAAUAAAAAUGACGAAAUUCAGAACUUUAUUGAUACACUAAAUCAAACACUAAAAGGAGUUCAGGAGAAUUCUUCUAACAUACUUUCGGAGUUAGAUGAAGAAUUUGAUAGUUUAUAUUCUAUUUUGGAUGAGGUGAAAGAAAGUAUGAUUAACAGUAUCAAGCAGGAACAAGCUCGUAAGUCACAAGAGUUACAGAGUCAGCUCACUCAAUGUAAUAAUGCCUUGGAGAACUCGGAAGAACUACUAGAAUUUGCAACACGGUCACUAGAUAUAAAGGAACCUGAAGAAUUUUCAAAGGCUGCCAGACAGAUCAAGGAUAGAGUAACAAUGGCUUCAGCCUUUCGCCUUUCUUUGAAACCAAAGGUCAGUGACAACAUGACUCAUUUAAUGGUGGAUUUUUCUCAGGAAAGACAGAUGCUGCAAACUUUGAAGUUUUUGCCAGUCCCUAAAGCUCCAGAGAUAGAUCCAGUAGAGUGUUUGGUGGCUGACAAUUCUGUAACAGUAGCUUGGAGAAUGCCAGAAGAAGAUAAUAAGAUUGAUCAUUUUAUACUGGAACAUCGGAAAACUAAUUUUGAUGGACUUCCACGUGUAAAGGAUGAACGAUGCUGGGAAGUAAUCGAUAAUAUUAAGGGUACCGAGUAUACACUAUCAGGCUUGAAGUUUGAUUCAAAGUAUAUGAAUUUCAGAGUACGAGCUUGUAACAAAGCUGUAGCUGGAGAGUAUUCUGAUCCAGUGACUCUAGAGACCACAGCACUAAACUUCAGUUUGGAUAACUCAUCAUCCCAUUUGAACCUGAGAGUUGAAGAUACCUGUGUAGAGUGGGAUCCUACUGGAGGAAAAGGUCAAGAAAAUAAAAUGAAAGGGAAAGAGAAUAAGGGCAGUGUCCAUGUUACUUCACUGAAGAAACAUACAAGUGGCACACCAUCCCCCAAACGGACAUCCAUAGGCUCCAGGCCACCAGCAGUAAGAGGCAGCAGAGAUCGUUUCACUGGGGAAUCAUACACAGUGCUGGGAGACACUGCUAUUGAAAGUGGACAACAUUAUUGGGAGGUCAAAGCCCAGAAGGAUUGUAAAUCCUACAGUGUGGGAGUAGCAUACAAGACUUUGGGGAAAUUUGACCAGUUAGGAAAGACAAACACUAGCUGGUGUAUCCAUGUCAACAACUGGCUACAGAACACAUUUGCAGCAAAGCAUAAUAAUAAAGUCAAAGCCUUGGAUGCUACUGUUCCUGAGAGAAUAGGUGUAUUUUGUGAUUUUGAUGGGGGUCAACUUUCUUUCUAUGAUGCAAGCUCAAAACAGUUGUUGUAUUCCUUUAAGACGAAAUUUACUCAGCCAGUACUACCUGGUUUCAUGGUUUGGUGUGGUGGACUUUCUUUGAAUACUGGGAUGCAGGUUCCAAGUGCUGUGAGAACACUUCAGAAAAGUGAAAACGGAAUGACUGGUUCAGCUAGCAGCCUAAACAAUGUUACUCAGUAAUGCUUACUCAGAAUAUGUUUACCCCCCUUCUGAUUGGGUGACCUUUUCUGUGCAGUUACUAAUCACAGAAAUUUAUGAGUGGUGGAAAUCAGGAUGGUUACGCUCUGCUUUAAGGCCUGGAAUGUGUUAGCAUUAAGCAUCUAAUGCAAAGUACUCACGGGAACCUACUGUGCAGUAUCAUCAAGCAAGCAGAUAGGAAAGCAAGAAACUGAUGUUUUGAAGAGUAAAUGGGAAGAAAGGCAGUGUUUAAAUAGUUAAAUAGAAACUCACUUUUGUGUUGGAUUACUUUGGCUCUUCUAAUAUGUUUAGUUAUGUAUGGUAGCCCUAGGACCUGAGAGGAAAGCAUUUAAAGCUGUCGUCUUUUCUCUAUACUUUUUCUUUAUCUCAUCACUACCUAUUACUACAUUCUUACACUGAAGCUUUAAAAA